AUGGCUCUUGCCGUGAACGCGAACGUGUCAGCACCCAUCAAUGACGACGCUAUGGACCUCGACAUCGAUAUGGACGUCGACGACCUCGGUCCCGUAGCCCCAGAGGAUAUACUCGAAGAAGGAGAAGAGCCAUCAUUUGUGCCAACUGGGCACCCAGUGAACACGGGUGAGGUAGCAGCAAUCUACCUGGAAGAUCCAUUGGAGGAGCCACAAUGGGAGAAAGUCCACGUCAGAGGUGUUGACGACUUGUCCACAGACAACAUUCGGACAUUCGCCAGUGAUUACUUUCCAGAUGCCGAUCCAUAUGUGCAAUGGGUGGACGAUACCUCCGUCAAUCUGGUCUACAAGGACAAGACCCUUGCACGAAACGCAUUGUUGAGCUUCGUGCAGCAGCCUAUCACAAUGGAGGAUGUCCAGACUUAUCCGUUCGAAUCGCGGACUGCGAAACCGCUCGUGAUAAAUCCUGGCUCCAUGUUGACCGUGCGAAUAGCUAAGAUGGCUGAUCGGAAGAGGAAGAAUGCACGAGACGCAAGCAGAUACUACCUCCUCCACCCCGAAGCAGAUCCCACCGAACGUAUACGCAGAGAAAGACAAACCAAAGGCGAUCAAGGAGACUACAAGAGAAGACGAUUUGACGACAGAGAAUUGAAGCGAAGGAGACACCAGGACGACAACGCCGACACUACGAAUGACUUCGAGGCUAGUAUGUAUGACGAUGCGCCCCCUGACAAGAAGGCCGUAAAAGAGCGCGGAAGGGGCGAUCUUUUCUCUAGAAUCACAAAACCACGAAACAGAAGUGCCAGUCCUGUCACAAACGCCGAUUCAAUACCAGUAUCCGACUCCGAAGAUGACAAGCAGUCACGUAAGCGGAGAAAUGGCUAUCGGAAUCGCGAGAGUCCUCCUAGGCGUCAGAACAAUGCAGGCCGAGAACUUUUCGACGGCUCCUCGGAAGGCAGGAACGGCACAGGCAUGCGAUCAGAUAAUCCAGACCUCUUCUCACGUCGCGAAAAGCACGCCCUAGCAUCCAAACCCGCCAACAUGACCAGCUACGAAGCCAACCAAGGUGUAGCACGUCAACUUCGAGCAGACCUGAAAGCCGCGCAAAGCCAAUCUCCGGUUAGAAGCCAUAGACGAAGUCGAGCAAUCGACAGCAGAGUGAACGAGGAUCUGGCAGAACGCUUUGGUCGAAAGAGCAUAAGUCUCGAUAGCACUAAGAGUGUUACUCAACAGACUCCAAAUACUGGAAAGGAGCUAUUCGGAAACGACCGAGACGUGGACAUGAAUGGUAACGGCAAUGGCUUCAGCAUUAAGGGUUCUGCAAGUCAAGGCAUGAGUAUCAAAGGAAGAGCAGAUAAUGUAAAGGAGUUAUUUCCGGACCGAUUCUCAACCGGUGCAGGAGGCGGAAGGAAUGCAGGCAAAGAAUUGUUUGAUCAGCCUGUUCGUAUUAGAGGUGCCAGGCAAAGGGCGGGUGAUCUUUUCGAUUAG